CGGCUGAUCCUGAGCCUGCAGGAAGGAUGAAGGAAUAUCUCAUAAACUGCACAGUACAGAGAGACUUUCACCUCCUGGCGUUCUCCAUCUCUGCAGACCUUCAGCUUCUACUCUUCAUUGGGAUCCUGGUAAUGUAUUUACUGACAGUGCUGGGGAACCUGAUUAUCACUGGUCUUAUAUAUGUGACCCCACAGCUCCACACUCCUAUGUACUAUUUCCUGUGUAACCUCUCAGUGCAGGACAUCGUCUACGUCUCAAGCGUCCUUCCCAAAUUCCUCUUUAUCCUGGUAACAAAUGACACCAGAAUUGUCUUCCCAGCAUGCAUCACACAGAUGUUCUUCUUUACCUUUUGCGUUGUGGCGGAGUAUUUACUCCUAACGUUUAUGGCCUAUGACCGCUAUGUCGCCAUCUGUAUCCCUCUGCGCUAUACAACCAUUAUGAACAAAGACUUGUGCAUUACACUAUUUUCUGUCUCCUGGAUUGCCGGCUUUUUUACUUCAUUAACAUAUGCUAAGCUGGUUUCUACUUUAUCAUUCUGUAAUUCUCAAGAUAUUAGUAAAUUGUACUGUGAUCUGAAAACUAUGAUAGCGCUCUCUAGUGGUGAUAUCACAGACAUUGAGGUGCUGUUUUUUGUGGAAUGUAUAUUUUUGGGACUUACCCCCAUUGUGCUGAUAUUAGCCUCUUAUACAUGUAUAAUUGCUACUGUCAUAAAGAUCCGUAGCUCAGUUGGCAGAGUAAAGGCUUUCUCCAGCUGCUCGUCCCAUCUCACCGUUGUAUUAUUAUUCUGUGGGACAUCGCUUAGUUCCUACAUGGUCCCCGAAUUGGAGCAAUCUCCGGAACUAGACAAAUAUCUCUCCUUGCUGUACACAGUGGUGGCUCCAAUGCUAAACCCUCUAGUUUAUUCUCUGAGAAACAAACAGGUCCUGAGAGCCGUGGGCAAUGUGUUGAAAAAAUACUAAAAAUGUUUAAAUUGUGAAUACUGCCUCAUUUUUGGGCAAUA